CCCUCUGUGCUGGCAGAUUUUGAAUAUCACACAACUUGUUGUACCACUUCAUUUGCAUCCGAGGGUGUGUAAUAACAUCUAACUUUGAAAAUAGCCACUGAAGAGGAAGAGUAAAGAGUAGAUCAGGCAGCAAUAAACCACCUUUACAGCACCCACGCUUACACCUCUAGAAAAACCAAUGUCGCACAAAAUCUUUAAUUACGCCUUACCGCAUUAAACACUUUGAUCUGAUGCUUAAAAAGUGAAGGGUGCUUACUUUCAUGAGCCUAAGAUUACAUUUCAAUACAGUGCUACUGUCUAACAUAUGAAUAAUUCUUGUGAGGGAUCGGAAAUCCAUGCAAAGCUGAAUGUGUCUAUCUUGUUACUCAUUAACUUAUUCCUCAGGUGCCAAGUUAAAGGCACACCUCAAGCAACCUUUGCACAACAUGCCUCCAUUUUGGUAACAUCUGGUUAAAUGAACUUGUCUGUGCGCUAAAAUGUGAUUAUUGAACUUUUUCCUCUCUGUUAUUAUAUUUCAAGAGAUUGAAGAGCUCACGCUCAGGAAAUAAUAGAGGAUGUGCUGUGUCGCGUAUAUUCUGUGUCUGCUCUUCAGUCUCUGGGCAUCAAGUUUAUGCCACACGUUGGUAACUGUGGGGCUGUGUGUGGGCAAUGCCAAGAAGGCUACUUUUGAUUGCAGCAGACGUAACCUCACAUCUAUACCCCAACAAAUAUGGCCAAACGUGACUGCGCUGGACCUCUCAGACAACCACCUAAAUUUAUUACACUCAAAAGCCCUGAAGAAGUUGAGGCACUUUGACCAUUUGAUCAAGCUCAAUUUAUCAGGGAAUUACCUCCCUCUACUGGUAAAGAAACAUUUCUACCACUUCCCCUCUCUGGAAAUAUUGGACCUCAGUGGAUGCAAGCUGACUACAAUCAAGCAUGGGGCUCUGCUCAGCUUCCCUAGACUGCAAAAGCUGUUUCUAGGUAACAAUGAUCUCCAAACCCCAAUGUCUGCUGUACUUCGAGGUCAUGAAUCGGUUGAGGCUGUUGAUUACACCAGUAACCUUCAAGCAAGUGACAGACCCAAAGAUGCGAUGCAAGUUGGUGCCAAUGUUUGUAGGAAGAAGACACAUUCUGGUGAUGCCUUUAGUGGAGACACCCACAGUCUGUUCCUACGUAAACUACUGGCAGAAACCGUGGAGACCAUGAGACCCAACAACACAGCAGAUCACAAUGAAAAAAAGUCUUCAGAUAGCUGGAAGUACCUCAUGGCAGUACUGGUGUCCGCCAUCAGCCUGUCCGUGCUCAUUGCUAUCGGGGCAAAGUGUAAACUCUUCCAUAAGUAUUUGGCCAGCUACAGGCACUCGAGGCUCAACGAGGGGGACGGGGCAAGUCAGGGCGACCCUGCAAGUUUUGAUGUGGGAUUCUCCAACCAGGGCAACCCCCCAAAUUCAAACACGGUAAAUGGGAACAUGGAGGAGGAUGAUGACGGAUUCAUUGAAGACAACUACAUUCAAGCAAGUGAGAGGGAAAGAGCAGUGCGAGAGGCUGAAGACUGGCAGGAGGAUGAUGAGGAUGAGGAUAUUGAAGAGUUCAGCAUUGCCUAAACAAAAACAUGACCUGAGUGUGAGGUGCACGUGGGACUGUUAUUUUUAAUCCCAUUCCCACCCACACCUGAAGGAAUUCUGACUAAUUCUGCCUGCUCCGGCAGAAAAUGUCUCACAGCACCAUAUGAGCACCAUAAGCACCACGCAAGCACUUUAUAUGAGCGCCUGUUAAUGUUAAUGAGCCUUUCAAUGUCCCACAAGCUUUAUAUCUGUCCACCCACUCCCUCCCAUAAGAAAGUAAAAACGUUCGUUGGGCGCUGCAGGAGUCCCAAUGCACCCCUUUAGUUUGAGCUUUUCUACCAUGAGAUGGAAGACGAUAACUAGCAGCAGGACUUGAUUAACCUUCAAAUGACCAUCUACUUUCGUGAUUUUCAUAAUUUAACAUUAACAUUUUGUCUAAUGAGUGAAUAGCCUACACUCUAUGUCUUCAUAUUUUAAGUUUUUUAAGUCUAAAUUAAUAAAAAGCAAUGCCGGCAUAUAUCCACUGACCUCAGUGUGUCCUUU